GUUCUUGGGAUGCUUUUGGUGCUCGUUUUUUUGUACUCCUUGUAACCCAUGGACAUUUUUAGUUUUGUAAGCUAAACAGUAAGCUAAUAAACCAGAAUUAGUCAAGAUGAUGAAUAUAUCAUCAUCGAGUUGGGAUAAUCAGAUCUUCAGAAAGAAGGAAUGUAGAAUGCUAGCACCACUUGCAGAGCUGUUUUUAAGGACUUAAAGUGUUUAUGAAAUUUGUUUCAAUUUUGAGGCAGUGCACUUAGUAAUGGGAAGAGAGGUUACCUCAAAUCUUUAUUCUGUUUUAAAGCUUUUCAUGUUUGGGUAUGACUGUCCAUGGUUGGGUGAAGAGAAACUUUUAAGGAGAUGUUAAUGAAAAUUACUUUAUUGUCAACCAUGCUGCUUUAAAAAAGUGCUGAUAGGCUUUUUAGGCUCUAAAAGGCUUAUAAAACCUGUAUUACAUAUGAACGUUUUAGAAAAUGCUAAUGGCUCUAUUUCAGGUAUGACUAAAUGUUUCCUUAAUGAAAUAUCAGGUACUGUUGCAGUAAUUACUUCUGAUGGAAGAAUGAUUGUGGGUACACUCAAAGGUUUUGAUCAGACCAUAAACUUGAUUCUGGAUGAAAGCCAUGAACGAGUGUUCAGUUCUUCACAAGGAGUUGAGCAAGUAGUGCUGGGCUUAUACAUUGUAAGAGGUGAUAAUGUUGCUGUGAUUGGUGAAAUUGAUGAAGAGACAGAUUCAGCUCUUGACUUGGGGAAUAUUCGAGCAGAACCUUUAAACUCAGUUGUGCACUAAAAAGAUGAACAUGCACAGGGACUUUGUAAAUCUUUGGUUGUACAGACCUGUUUAGCAGUGCGGACAGUUUCUACGAAUUGUGUUUAAUUUGUUUAGUCACCAGUUUUUUAUUAUGAAUAUGGUGUAGUUUUGCAUGUAAAUUAAAGUUUCUACAUUUUGCUAAA